GUCACCAUCGGAACCGCAAGGAUGGCAGAAUCGAGCGGGCCGAUUCUUCACGUCAUCGUUGUCGGGUUUCACCACAAGAAAGGCUGCCAGGUAGAAUACUCGUUUCCACCUUUGGUACCUGGUGCACCUAAUGAAUGCCCAUUGGGAUGGAAGUAUCUGCCCACUCUUGCUCUGCCCGAUGGUUCCCAUAAUUACGACGAGGACACAGUCUAUUUUCACUUACCUAGUCUGAACGAUCCGAAACAAACGAUAUAUGGCAUUUCAUGUUUCCGCCAAAUACCUGUGGAGAAAUUAAAGAAUCGCACGUCCGAUAUAACGAGAGGCACUGUUCAAAAGUCAGUUUGCGUGCUGAGUACUUUGCCUCUGUAUGGACACAUUCAAGUAAAAAUGGCUCUGAUAACGCAUGCAUAUUUUGAAGAAGGAGAUUUUAGUAAAGUGUCCUUACUAGAGGAUACCUAUCAUCAUCUUAAUUCAUGUAUGAGUGGUGAAAGUCAGAUACCGCCACAAAUUUUUGUUGGUUUGUCUGCGAGAGAUUUUAUAUUGCAAUUUCGUCACAAAGUGUUGCUGUUGUUUAAAUUGCUCCUGCUUGAGAAAAGGAUAGUUUUUUAUCAAUCGCCUGUACAACCACUGUGCGCCACGAUAUUGACCCUACUGUCACUGUUUCCAGACAUGAUCGAACAUGGCCUCCAACAAGCGGCUUGUGUGAGACCAUCCAGGCCAAUGUCUCCGAUUCCGACUUUCGAUGAGGAAGAAAUCUCAAAUAAUGUCGACGAUUCCAAUUUGUCAUCCGUUCAUAUCGUCAAAGACGAUAUAUCGAAUACGAGUCACGAACAGUGUAACGAUAACAGUAAUAGAAACUCCUUGUGUAUUAACGAUAACAAAACCAUGGAGUCUAUGGAAGGCAAAUGCUUGGAUGGGUUGCAGCAUGUAACCCUACAGAAAAAUAACAAUGACAAUGAAAAUCUGAAUUUGAAAGUUAUCGAGAUAGAAUCGGCACAAGAAUGUACCGAAUCUUACCUGGAGGAAAGCAAUUCUAAAUAUUCGCCGAAGCCAAACGAUAAUGUACACAGAGUACACAGUGUGAACGCUAUUACAUUAAGCACCGGUGACACAGAUAAUAGUUUACCUCGUGACACGAGUAGCGAUGCGCUUUCUGACGCGAGAUUAGCGAAUAACAUUACACAAAUCGCUCACAUUAAUCCAGAGUUAUGCGGCCUACCUUUGGAGUUAUUUACGAAGGGAUAUCUCUGCUUACCUUACCUAUCUUUGCCCUAUUUGGAUCUCUUGGGAGAUGUUAAUGUGAGAGGAUAUAUAGUAGGUGCAACAAAUGUACUGUUUAAACAAAAGAAGCAGCUCAUCGAUGUGCUAGUGGAGGUUGAAAAUACGCGGAUAGAGGCGACCGAUCCUGAGCUGAGGCGACAGCUGCAUCUCACCACGGAGGAUUUAAGAUUUGCCGAUUACGUCGUAAGGCAUGUAGCUGAGCCUCGGAAGGAUAUUUUUCUGGACGGGGUCGGAUGGGAGGGCGGCGACGAAUGGAUCAGAACACAGUUCCGGGUAUACCUGUUGAGUAUGCUGCGUACUUCCAUGCAACAAGAUACUCGUCAGUCGGAUCAUUACAAUGCAGCAUUCAUGUCCGCGUGGCGCACUACAAAUAAUUAUAAAACGUGGUACAGUGCGAGCAAAUCAGAGAUACACAAUAUAGAACCUGGGCACCCGUUCGCUGGUCAACUGUCGGUGCAGGAUAUGAAAUUACGGUUAUCACACACGAUGCAAAAUACGGAAAGCGGCAGAAAGUUGAAUCAGGCGAUGGCAACGACUGGACGCGCAGUGGCCACCACUGGAAAAGCCGUGGGGGGAGCACUGUCGCAAGCAAAAGGGGCAUUCUCAAACUGGUGGACCACGCUAACGACAGUUCAACCGGUCGAUGAAGUAAAGAUCGAUAAUCAAACGACAAACAACCAUCACACGGUAUCCAGCGUCAUAGACAAAGAGUCUGUCGAAGACGAGGAGAUGAAUAUCUCUACUACUAGUAACGCGGACUUUGCCGUCGAUCUUGAUUAAUACGGAAACAUAUGUCAAUGAGAAACGAAAAAACGAUGGCGAGUGAUCGAAGUUAAAAAUAUAAAAGUCGGACAAAGUUGUUUGGUAAAGAUAUAUAAAACUGAAACAAAGGAUUUCUUGCAAGACUCGUGCUUGUUAAACGACCGAACUUUUUAAAGCACUUCAGUUUUAGCGAAAGAAAGUAUAAAGUACGAAAUUAAAAUUGCGCGUACGAACAACAGACUACAUUAAUGUGAUAUACAGUUUCGCAGAGAGAUUUUUUUUUAAGCUAC